AUGAUUCUUUGGGGGAUCGCGCAGGAGUUCAUCAUGACCAACGUGUACGUUGGAAGAAAUGGCGAAAGUCUGCAGAUCCCGAGCUCAUUGUUCCUGGUGCUUUGUAAUCGAGCAUCGGCCACAGCAUUCUCAGCUCUCAUCUUGAAACUCCGACAGAAGCAGCUCUUCUUUGACGGCUGCCUUGACUCGCUUCCGCCUGCAGUGAGCAACAGCCUCGCAUCGUGGUGUCAAUACUCCAGUCUUUCUUACAUUUCGUUUGGAUUGCAGACGACAGCAAAAAGCACCAAGAUUCUGCCGGUGGUCAUAAUCAGCUCCCUACGAGGGAAGCUUCAUUCCCUCACUGACUAUGCGGAGUGCAUUGUGUUGACAGCAUCUUGCUUCGUCUUCGGCCACGAAAGCGAGACUGGCUUCGACAGCUCCACCACGGCAACAGGACUGAUUCUUCUGGCCAUCUAUAUCAUGUGUGACUCGCUGACUCCUCAUCUACAAGAUGUUCUCUUCAUCAAGCACCGGGAGAUAGAUGUCGUUCAGGCCACUUUGGCGAUGUCUUCCUUCGCCCUGGCGAUCAUAACUGCCGAGCUGCUCCUAACCGGGGCAAUGUUUUCGUCCUUCAGCUUCAUUUGGCAGUGUCCAGACGCAUUGAUGCACAUGCUGGUUCUUUCGCUGGCAUCGACAGUGACACAGUACAUGAUAUCCUACACCAUCAAGAACUUUGGCCCUGUUGUCUACACCCUUAUUGCCUCCACACGGCAAGUGCUGUCUGUGCUGGUAUCCUGCGUGCUCUUCCAGCAUGACAUGUCAGGGCUCAGUAUCGUGGCGAUGUCCAUCAUAUUCGGCACCUUAAUCGUUCGAGCAGUUCGACCACUGGCAAAAGAACACCAAGAGCUAGUUUCAGUCGAGCCAGAAGUUUUCCAGCGCAUGCCACUGCUGAAUUUCUCGGCAAGGCUGUCUCGUUUCUCGCCACUCUUUGUGUGCUCGAUGGCCAUCCACGUCGUCUACUUGGUAUACUCAUUGCUACAGGAGUUUCUUUCCAGUCAUACCUUCGAAAGCGACUUGUUCAACUUUCCUUUGACACUCGUCGCUCUAAGCCACACUGCGGGUGCCUUGCUGUCCCUGGCUGCGCUGGCCAGUGCUGGUCACCAAGUCGUUGUGCCAGGGAUGGUGCGCACUCUCCUCCCGGCUACUACAGACUUGGUGGCUACAUCCCUCCAACAUGCUGCACUGUACCUUAUGUUCUUCCCGGCGCAAUCCUUGAUGAAGACUCUCAAGGUGCUUCCGGUCAUGCUUGUGGGGAGUUGCUUGCAGAACCGUGUUUACAGCCGGCUGGACUACGUUGAAGGCUUUCUGCUUACUUGCUUCGUGGCUUUCUUUGUCUGGGACUUCCAGAUCCACGAAGCAGAAGAGGUGGAAAGGAAGUUGUCAUUAGUUGGGAUUCUUAUGAUGGUUGGCUAUCUCAGCGUGGACUCCUUCACAAGCAACUUUCAGGAUCACAUCUAUCAGACAACCGGACUUGAGCCGGGCCACAUGCUGCUGGGAAUGGAGUCUAUAUCAGCCGCUAUGGCCUGGAUACUAACAAUCAUCUCCGGUGAACUUCCGUUGGCUUACCAGUUCAUCCGUAUACAUCCAGCGAUAAUCUUCUUCCUGGCGAUAUUUGCCAUGUCAGCAGCGGUUGGUGCCUUCAGUUGCGUGCUGACUGUUCGGCUGUUUGGACCGGCCGUGUUUACACUGAUCAUGACAUCCCGCGCCAUCAUGAGCCUGCUGCUGUCGGUUGUUUGCUUCCAGCACCAGGUUGCUUGGGAAGAGUGCCUGUGUCUCAUCGUGGUGUCGCUGGUCAUGCUGAUCUCUUCAACACGUCGUGUUUCAGCGCAGCUUCGCCUGUUGGACAUGCCCAAGACUGGAGACCGCCUGACUGAGGGGGUCUUCAAAGAUAUGUGGUUCCUCACGGUCGCGGCUGACUUUCUGCGCAUCUCGGGCACCUGCCGAGACACGAAGACCCGAUACACUCGAAGGCCAUUGUCGUUAAAACAGUACACGACUGAAGGCCGGGAAGACGAAGGUGAGCUUAUCGUGUGCAGGCAGCGUGCGCUGGGUCCACAGAUCGUGCGGGACUUGAGCACAAACGGUGUUCAAACGGUUGAGAGGGCCACAACAGGCUACAAGCUUCGGAAAGCAGCUGAUGGCCGAAAUGGACGGCCGUUGUGGCAGCAUGCGCUGGACUUCGUCUCAAGGCCUGUCCAGAGCAUCUCAGUGAUGCUCCCUGAUACCUCGACACCUGCCUCAGACAUGUGUACGAAGUCCUCUUUGCCUGCCUCAAACAGCAGCAGAGAUGAACACACCGAGGACACUACGGACCUCAUCCGAUUGGCAUCACACUACACCGUUGUGGAUCAGAGAGCGACAACGAUAGGCACUGCGAGUGCAGAGGAUGACAAGAGCUUCUGCGCCAUAGCGCUUUACCCUUUUGAUCCAGCAUCGCUUGGCGGCACCGAACCAGGAAGCUUCCUAGCGCUUGGAGUCGGACAGCUGAUGCAGGUCACUCACGAUUCACAGAGCGGCUGGUUUUGGGGACACGGGCUUACAGAGCCGGAGGCUGGUGGCUACUUCCCCAAGAGUCAUGUGGUCUCCUUCGCAGCUUUUUGCAAGCUGCAGCGGAUGUAUUAUUCCAAGAAAGGAGCAGUCUUGAAGAAAGAGGACAUUGGAGGGUUGUGGAGGGACUCCGGUGGCUGUACACCGCACGCCCGGCAGCUAUCCACAGCGUGGAACACGCAAGCUGCCUCAAAGACGUGGAUCAUCUCGCGGGUAAAGGGCGUGUCAUUGGCGCACAGUGUUAAACUCUGGAUCGGCUCUGGCCUCCUUUCAGAAGGCCAUGGCGAGGACACCGCAGCAAGGUUUGCUCAGAACAUGGCAGCCUCUGGACUUGACAUUAGUUGCGCAGCAGCGCGAAUGCAUCAUUUGCAAGCUUUGCUUCUGGAGGCCGCGGCAUUUUUGCUGGCCGGACAGAAGGACCCAGGCAUCAUUGCAUUCAUCGUUGCCAGUGUGUUUGUUGCAAAAGUUCUUGUGGUUCAGACAGCUCUGUUGAGUGCUUUGUGCGCAAUGUCGAGCAGCGACGAGUACUAUGUCAAAGCCUACCAGGACUUCUGGGAGAUGGGCUUGGAAGGAGCGGCAAGCCAGGUGCUAGCAGAAGGCCUCGCUGCCCAUCCAGGAAGCGCCCGUCUACAGCAGCUCGCGGGCCGAAAGCCUGUCGAGUCGCAGGCUUCUGGCUACGUUUCCGACGUUUCCGUCCAACGUGCAAGUGAUGGUGUUGCAUCGGACUGGAAAGCGCCACCGGGCCCAAGUUCUGCCUUAGAUCGCAAUGCCGGCGAUCCUGCUGUGCAGACGUUCCGCUGCAAGCAGCUGGCACAUGCCGACUUUGUGGGGGCAUCCGAGAAGGCUUGGAGAGAGUGCGUUGGACAGAGCAGCUGGGCGGAGUUGAAGCAGAAGGAGCAGCGCUUGCGGAAAGAAGCUGGCGAGGCCUUUGCCGCUUGCAAAGAGUCCCUUCUGAAGAACCGCUUGGAGUUUCGAACGGAGCUUCUGCGAACUCCGCUCACGCCAGAUGCGUUGACCGAGACUGCUGCCGCGCUGUCUGGUACCACAGGAGACGCAGCACUCCGGCGAUUGCUGGACAGCCCAGGCAUCUUCCAAGACCCAAGCCUGUGGAGCUCUGAGGGUCCGGGAAGGCUUCUGGAGCAUGCCAGACAAAUGUCGGAGAUUGAUGCGCUUCCGGCUCGGGCAAGGGAACUGGCGCAGACGGGAGGAGUCCUGGGCAAGCUGCUGGCAUCCAUUUCACAGGAAGUGCGGGCGGAGCUCAAGGGCAAGCCCGCAACGGUGCUGGUGAUUGGUGGCCAUGGUGUGUCAGCAGUGUCUGCUGUUCGAGCUGGUGCGGCACGUGUUGUUCUGUGGGAGCCAUUGCUGGACGUUGCUGCAGCUGCACAGGAGGUGCUGCGUCGAAAUCUAUUACCCGAGGAGGUCGCUCGAUGUGAAGUCAGCUCCUCGGAGCCGCUCCCUUCGGGGCCCUGGGAUUUGGUUGUCGUGGACCGAUGGCACGGCCUGGGUGUCUUCAGCUGGGGGCCUAUGGAAUGCUUGAGAAAAGCUGCCUCUUCUGCAUCUCUCGGACAAAUACUGCCGGCCAGACUACGCGUCUCAGUUGCACUGGCAGAUGCAGGCCUCAAGGCCUCAGGCUUCGACCUCACGGCGAUGGAUGCACGCUUCCGUGCACUAUCUGCUGGCCCACUGAAGGUUGGCACAGAAGAAUUCCCGCACGCAACCGCCCUCAAGCCGGUGCUGCUCACGGACUUCUCGACACCGGUCUUCGACUGGCAGCUCACAGACAGUGCAGAGGAGGGCCCUGUGCCCUUCUGCCUGGAAGCCACAGCCAACGGAAAGGCAUCAGUGGCAGUGAUCUGCACGGAGAUCUGCUUCCCGUCUGGCAAGAGUGUCACCUUAUCGUUUGCGCAAUGGAUGGCAGGCGGUGUGUCUUUGCGUGCUGGGCAAGUUGUCUCGGGCCUCCAAGCCCGUCGAAAUGACGGCCGCGUAUGGAUAGACUGGGACUAUGCCAAGAGUGCGGAGCCACCGUUUGGGUUCAUGGCAUUGUCCGAAUGGUACUUUGAGAUGCUCAGGGAUUCAGCAAGGCAUGACCUGUAUGAGCAAGCUCUGCAAGCGGAGAUUACGAAGGCCAAGGAGCUGAGCGCUGGCGCUUGCACGGUCUUGGAUGUUGGCAGUGGCGACGGUAUCUUGUCAAUGAUGGCGAUCAGAUCUGGGGCCACUGCGGGCAUCGGAGUCGAGUAUGUCACGCAGAUUGCCCGAGCUUCGGAGGAGGUAAUAUCAGCCAACCGCUCCUCUGGUGCACUGGGCGCCGGUCCGCUUGACGUCUGGUGUACUGACGUGAGGGGUGUUCCAGAGUUGCCGGAGCAACGACGCUUUGAUGUCCUGGUAAGCGAGCUGAUGGAUGCGUCUGGGCUUGGCGAGAAUUUGAUUCUUCUCACGGAGGGCUCCAAGCGGCGGCUUUGCAAGCAGCAUGCCCCGGUCAUACCAGCUCGGCUACGGCUGAAGGCGGUGCUCUGCGAGGUGAAGCUUCCAGAUAUCGACGGUGUCGAAAUGGACGCGUUCUGGCCGUUUUGGCCCACAGACCGUGCGUUUGAUGCCGCGCUCUGGCUUGGUGUUGACCUGGACAAGAAAGAAGGACAGUUUAAAGUGCUCACUGAGACAGUGGAGCUUUUCGAAGUGGAGCUUGGCAAGGCUGACGUGAAUGAGAUCCCGGCAAGGGCACAGUACAACUUUCCGGGCAUUGCCUCGGGUGCCUGCAACAUGGUUGUAUGGUGGUUCGAAGCCCAACUGAGCCAGACCGAUCCGUCCCUGGUGUUGACCAAUGCGCCAACUCAGCUAGAUGGGCGACAUGCGGCCACAUGCUGGGGGCAGGCAGCGGCAGAGCUGAUGGGCAGAGCCAAGGUCAGACCUGGUGAAACAACUUCCAUAUUCAUGGAGAUGGUCUUUGGUGAUUACCAACUUCGCUUCAAAAGUGCCGAUCACGCAAACACACCAGGCAUCCAAUUCCGCGAUGAACCCCCUCCCGGGGCUGCGCCGUACACGACAGAGUUUAAGGACAUGCUGAAGGCCUGGCGUAGCAAGCAGAAGAAGCUGGGAUCCGUGGGGCGCGAUAUCGGGCGGACGGCAAUUCGAGAUGCUGAUGUCGAGGCAGUUGCUGUGCUGCAGAAAGCUGCGCUCGCCGUGGCUUUGCAUCCGCAGGGCUUUGGUGUCGAGCCAGCCUCCGCUGCCAAGAUCCUGUCGGGCUGGUAUGCUGUUGGAGGAGAGGGCCGCACUUGA